GUGUGAGUGUAUCACUGUGAAUGAGUGUGAGUGUGCUUAAGCCCAUGCGUUGACAAGCAGCUGCAAAAAGAGAAACCUGCAAUAAAUGAGCUUAGAACUUUUCUCAAGCAACACAGAGACAAAUAAAAUACAAGUCGCUUCUUGUUAAGUGAAUUACGCCCUCACACAUCCAUACAUACAUAUAUAGAAAGAUAUCAUAAAACAGUGAUAAACAUGGGUCGCAAGAAGAGGCAACCGAUGGGCUUGCCGCCCGGGGGCAUCCCUAAAACUGUGGGCGGCUGUUGUGUGCCGCUGGGAUUACCGCAACCUUUGCUGCUUGAGGAGAAGAAAUUCUUGUUGGCUGUCGAGCGUGGCGAUAUACCAAAUGUUCGCAGGAUAUUGCAAAAGGCGUUGCGGCAGCAGCACAUCAACAUCAACUGCAUGGACCCGCUGGGCCGGCGAGCCCUCACCCUGGCCAUCGACAACGAGAAUCUGGAGAUGGUGGAGCUGCUGGUUAUCAUGGGCGUGGAGACAAAGGAUGCCCUACUGCAUGCCAUCAAUGCAGAGUUCGUUGAGGCCGUUGAGCUGCUGCUCGAGCACGAGGAGCUCAUUUUCAAGGAGGGCGAACUCUACAGCUGGCAGAAGGUGGACAUCAACACGGCCAUGUUUCCGCCGGAUAUAACGCCGCUGAUGCUGGCGGCGCACAAGAAUAACUUUGAGAUAUUGCGAAUACUGCUGGAUCGAGGGGCCGCCGUGCCAGUGCCCCACGACAUACGCUGCGGCUGCGAGGAAUGCGUGCGUCUCAUGGCCGAGGAUUCGUUGCGGCAUUCGCUGUCGCGCGUGAAUAUCUAUCGUGCGCUCUGCAGUCCAUCGCUCAUUUGCCUCACCUCGAGCGAUCCCAUCUUGACAGCCUUUCAGCUAUCCUGGGAGCUGCGCAACCUGGCUUUGACCGAGCAGGAGUGCAAGCUGGAGUACAUGGACCUAAGACGUCAGUGCCAGAAGUUUGCCUGCUGCCUGCUGGAUCAAACACGUUCUUCCAAUGAGCUGGCAAUUAUACUAAACUAUGAUCCCUCUAUAUCCAGCUAUGAGCCGGGAGAUCGGAUGAGUCUCACGCGCCUUGUGCAGGCCAUAUCCUACAAGCAGAAAAAGUUUGUGGCCCAUUCGAACAUCCAACAAUUGCUGUCAUCGAUUUGGUACGAUGGACUGCCCGGGUUCAGGCGCAAAGGCAUCGUCGACAGAUUCAUCUGCAUAGCGCAGGUGGCUCUGCUGUUUCCGCUCUACUGCUGCAUCUAUAUGUUUGCGCCGAACUGUCGCACGGGCCGAUUGAUGCGAAAACCGUUUAUGAAAUUCCUCAUUCAUGCGUCUUCCUACGUGUUCUUUUUGUUUAUCCUCAUAUUGGUAUCUCAGCGGGCGGACGACGAUUUUGUGCGGCUCUUCGGCACGGCUCGCAUGAAGGCUGAGCUGGCUGAGCAGGAGCAGCGGCAGCGAGGCCAGGCGCCCAGCAAACUGGAGCUGCUUGUGGUGCUGUAUGUGAUUGGAUUCAUGUGGGAGGAGAUCCAGGAGAUUUUCGCCGUGGGCAUGCAGAACUAUUUGCGUAACAUGUGGAACUUUAUUGAUUUUCUGCGCAACAGCCUCUACGUGAGUGUCAUGUGCUUGCGCGCCUUCGCCUACAUUCAGCAGGCGACGGAAAUCGCGCGAGAUCCGCAGAUGGCCUACAUUCCGCGAGAGAAGUGGCACGACUUUGACCCACAGCUGAUUGCCGAGGGUCUGUUCGCGGCGGCGAAUGUCUUUUCCGCCCUCAAGCUGGUGCACUUGUUCAGCAUCAAUCCGCACUUGGGCCCGCUGCAAAUAUCGCUGGGGCGCAUGGUCAUUGACAUCGUCAAGUUCUUCUUCAUCUACACGCUGGUGCUGUUCGCCUUCGCCUGUGGACUGAAUCAGCUGCUCUGGUACUUCGCGGCGCUGGAGAAGAGCAAGUGCUAUGUGCUGCCCGACGGCGAGGCGGACUGGGCCUCGCACGGCGACUCCUGCAUGAAGUGGCGACGCUUUGGCAACCUCUUCGAGUCAUCGCAGUCGCUGUUCUGGGCCAGCUUCGGCAUGGUCGGCCUGGACGACUUCGAGCUGACCGGCAUCAAGUCCUACACCCGGUUUUGGGGCCUACUCAUGUUCGGCUCGUACAGCGUCAUCAAUGUGAUUGUUUUGCUGAAUCUGCUCAUCGCAAUGAUGUCCAAUUCGUACGCCAUGAUUGAUGAGCACUCGGACACCGAGUGGAAGUUCGCACGCACCAAGCUCUGGAUGAGCUACUUCGAGGACAGCGCGACGCUGCCGCCGCCGUUUAAUGUGCUGCCCUCGGUUAAGUGGCUCAUUAGGGUGUUCAGGAAGUCCAGCAAGGCCAUCGAUCGACAGCGCUCCAAGAAACGGCAGGAGCAGGAGCAGUACAGCAAAUACGACAACAUCAUGCGCUCCCUGGUCUGGCGGUAUAUCUCGGCCAUGCAUCGUAAGUUUGAGAACAAUCCGGUCACUGAGGACGACAUCAACGAGGUCAAGAGCGAGAUAAGCACGAUGCGCUAUGAAAUGCUGGAGAUAUUUGAGAACAGCGGCAUGGACGUGUCCUCAGCCAAUAAGAAGGAGAAGCAUCCGCGACCUCGUCGCAUGAAAGUCUGGGAGCGACGGCUCAUGAAGGGCUUCCAGGUGGCACCGGUGCAGGCCAGCAGCGAACCGGAGCUGCUCGGCAACGUGAACGGCGAGGGCGAGAUGCGUGAGGUCAAGGUCGAGUCGGUGCCCUCGAGGCCGGCCAAGGAGACGGCGCGCGAGCGCUUCCAGCGGGUGGCGCGCACCGUGCUGCUGCAGUCAAGCACACACAAGUGGAAUGUGGUGCUGCAAGGCACGCUGCAGAACUCGCAGAUUGGUCGCAGCACCAGGCAUCAGCGCAAGAGUCUGCACAAUCUGGGCAAAGCCAUCGAGGAGGCCAGAAAGCUCAUUCUGCUCAACCCGAACUGCGCGUCGGGCCGUGAGUCACCCAUUCGCAUUGAGUUCGAGGACGAGAAGACCAGCACGCUGUUGGAACUGCUCAAUCAGAUCAGCGAGGAGAUCAACCACCCUCGGCUAUCAAGCAAGCCCUGCUGGCGUCCCCCCCUGAGCACUGUGUCACCACGUGCGAUGGCCGCCAGCAAUGAUUGGUCCAGAUCCCACACGGCGCCGGAGCUGCAGUUGAAUCGGAAGUCGGCGCCUCAGUCUCAGCCACAGCAACAGCCUCAGCCACAGCCUCAGCCUCAGGCGGCACCAAGUCGUGUCGGCUAUCGCACACGCGAGCUACCGCUUUGUCCAAGUAAGCUGGUCACGGCCUCUGCACCCACCGCCAAAAAGACGGCACCACCUGCCCCACACGUCCUACCGCCAGCAGCUAAAGCUCCAGCAACAGUUAAUAGCGGCAACAGGGCCAGAGCGACGAUGCCCUUCUCUGUGGAGCUUGGUCUAGGCAGAGGAAGCUUACAUCGCGUGCAGCCCAGCCAUUCUAAUGCCUUCGAUAUACAUGUCGUCGACUUGGAUGAGCGCAGCCCAAGUAGCACUGCACUCGAUAAGGACAACAUGUCCGAUGUCAGCUCCGUGCUAAGCGUGAGUCCCAAGCGGCCAAAUCCUUAAAUGCGUCGUUUGCGUGGCCCCUUGUGAUAAGUCUCUGCCCCAGCCCGAAGCAGACUCCGUCUUUAGUGCUACUUACGGCGUAUGCCAAGCCAGCAAAUAACAUACGUAUAUACUAUAAAUGAUACAAAAAUUA